AGGCUCCGGCCGCGAGAGGAGAGGCCGCGGUGGCGCCGCGCCGCCCCCGACGGCGCCCUCUGGCGGCGAGAGCUGGCGCCGCCGGGGCACGGGGAUGCUGCGGGAGACCCCUGAGAUACAGGUGGACUCUCCCGGGGCGUAGGGAAGAAGGGAGAGCCGACUGCGAGAAGGAAGGCGAGCUGGCGGGGCAGGAUACCCUCUGGAAAGAUUACAGGGACAGUCGGGGCCAUGACGGUCAGAGGGAGAAGAGCAACUAGGGGAUUUUAAAGGUCGGAACAGAGAUGCCCUUUACAGAGGACGCCAUGAAGGAGAACCUUCUGAAGAGGGACUAUGUGGAAGAUGCCCCGAGGACUCGGGGAGGCGGAGCCCGCGGGUUCAGACCCCAGCGCCCGCACGGCCCCUGCCUGCGGAGGCCGCCCGCUGGAGCCGGACCCCGGGCGCGGUUGCUGGGGCCCGUAGGGUCGCUGGGCCGCAGGCGCCGCGCUGAUUGGCUGCGCCGCGGGCGGAAGUGAUGCUGCUGUCACUGCUCCUCCGGCUCCCGGGAAGCCGCGAGUUUCCGCAGGGAGGCGGCGGCAGCUGCGGCCGGGCCGGUCUGUAGCCUUUGCUGAGUCAACACUACUCAUGGUGAAGGUGAUGCCUUUUCUCCAUUUGCACAACAUGAGUGUGGCGUGGUCAGCCAGACCAGGAGCUCAACCUCAUGUAGAGUCCAGUCCACUGCUCUGAUGCCGAAGGGGAGGCAGAAAGUGCCAUACUUGGAUGCCCCCCUGGGCCUGCCCACCUGCCUCUGGCUGGAAUUAGCUGGGCUCUUCUUACUGGUUCCCUGGGUCAUGGGCCUAGCAGGGACAGGUGGGCCUGAUGGCCAGGGCCCAGGGGGGCCGAGCUGGGCUGUGCACCUGGAAAGCCUGAAAGGUGACGAGGAGAAAGAGACUCUGGAGCAGCAGGCGGAUGCCUUGGCCCAGGCAGCAGGGCUGGUGAAUGCUGGACGCAUCGGAGAGCUUCAGGGGCACUAUCUCUUUGUCCAGCCUGCUGGGCACAGGCCGGCCCUGGAGGUGGAGGCCAUCCGGCAGCAGGUGGAGGCUGUGUUGGCUGGGCAUGAAGCUGUGCGCUGGCACUCAGAGCAGAGGCUGCUAAGGCGGGCCAAACGCAGCGUCCACUUCAAUGACCCCAAGUACCCACAGCAGUGGCACCUGAAUAACCGACGGAGCCCGGGCAGGGACAUCAACGUGACGGGUGUGUGGGAGCGCAAUGUGACUGGGCGAGGGGUAACAGUGGUGGUAGUGGAUGAUGGAGUGGAACACACCAUCCAGGACAUUGCACCCAACUAUAGCCCUGAGGGUAGCUAUGACCUCAACUCUAAUGACCCUGACCCCAUGCCCCACCCGGACGUGGAGAAUGGCAACCACCAUGGCACGCGAUGUGCAGGAGAGAUCGCAGCUGUGCCCAACAACAGCUUCUGUGCCGUGGGCGUGGCCUAUGGGAGCCGCAUCGCAGGUAUCCGGGUACUGGAUGGACCUCUCACAGACAGCAUGGAGGCAGUGGCGUUCAACAAGCACUAUCAGAUCAAUGACAUCUACAGCUGCAGGUAUUUAUUUCUCAACAGCUGGGGACCAGAUGAUGAUGGGAAGACAGUGGAUGGCCCCCAUCAGCUUGGAAAGGCUGCCUUACAACAUGGAGUGAUUGCUGGUCGCCAGGGCUUUGGGAGUAUCUUUGUGGUAGCCAGUGGCAACGGAGGCCAACACAACGACAACUGCAACUACGAUGGCUACGCCAACUCCAUCUACACGGUCACCAUAGGAGCUGUGGAUGAGGAGGGACACAUGCCUUUCUAUGCAGAAGAAUGUGCCUCCAUGCUGGCAGUCACCUUCAGUGGUGGGGACAAGAUGCUUCGGAGCAUUGUGACCACUGACUGGGACCUUCAGAAGGGCACUGGCUGCACCGAGGGCCACACAGGGACCUCAGCUGCAGCGCCUCUGGCAGCUGGCAUGAUAGCCUUAAUGCUGCAGGUGCGGCCCUGCCUCACGUGGCGUGACGUCCAGCACAUCAUUGUCUUUACCGCCACCCGGGUGAGAUACCACCAGUACGAGGAUCGCCGUGCGGAGUGGGUCACCAACGAGGCAGGCUUCAGCCAUAGCCACCAGCACGGUUUCGGCCUGCUCAAUGCUUGGAGGCUCGUGAAUGCAGCCAAGAUCUGGACAUCUGUCCCUUACUUAGCAUCCUACGUCAGUCCCAUGUUAAAAGAAAACAAGGCGAUUCCGCAGUCCCCCCGUUCCCUGGAGGUUCUGUGGAAUGUCAGCAGGAUGGACCUGGAGAUGUCGGGGCUGAAGACCCUGGAGCAUGUGGCAGUGACAGUCUCCAUCACUCACCCACGGCGCGGCAGCUUGGAACUGAAGUUGUUCUGCCCCAGCGGCAUGAUGUCCCUCAUCGGUGCCCCCCGCAGUAUGGACUCGGAUCCCAACGGCUUCAAUGACUGGACCUUCUCCACUGUGCGAUGCUGGGGGGAGAGAGCCCGAGGGACCUACAGGCUUGUUGUCAGGGAUGUCGGGGAUGAGUCAUUCCAGGUCGGCAUCCUCCGGCAAUGGCAGCUGACCCUAUAUGGCUCUGUGUGGAGUCCAGUAGACAUCAGGGACAGACAAAGCCUGCUAGAGAGUGCCAUGAGUGGAAAAUACCUGCACGAUGACUUCGCCCUGCCCUGCCCACCGGGGCUGAAAAUUCCUGAGGAAGAUGGUUACGCCAUCACCCCCAACACCCUCAAGACCCUGGUGCUGGUAGGCUGUUUCACCGUCUUCUGGACUGUUUACUACAUGCUGGAAGUAUAUUUGAGCCAGAGGAACGUGGCUUCCAACCAAGUUUGUAGGAGUGGACCCUGCCACUGGCCCCAUCGGAGCCGGAAAGCCAAGGAGGAAGGGACAGAGCUGGAAUCAGUGCCACUCUGCAGCAGCAAGGAUCCAGAUGAAGUGGAAACAGAGAGCAGGGGCCCUCCCACCACCUCUGACCUCCUUGUCCCAGACCUGCUGGAGCAAGGGGACUGGAGCCUGUCUCAGAACAAGAGCACCCUGGACUGCCCUCAUCAGCACCAAGACCUACUGCACGGGAAGGAGGAACAGAUCUGCUGACCUCAGGGCCUGACAGUGUGGGACAGGCUCUUCUUAAAAUUAGGGAGCUCUUGAGAGAAAGCAGCCCUGAUGCUUACAUCUGGAAUCUGAGGCAUCUUCUGACUCCACUCAAAGAGGGUGAGGGCCUUCUUAAGAUACAAAUGGCAGAGGAUUGCUGCCAGAGAAGUCUGGUCAGAGCCACAGGGUCUUCCUCCAGCCAAACGGGAACUUCGGUGAGAAGGUGUUGGACAGGGGAUUGGUGCCGCCUUUGGGUUGCCUCCAUCCUCAUCUCUCUUGGGCCAAGCCGGUUGCCUAGGUUCCCCACACAUGGGGGACCCCCACCCACACAUGAGUUAAGAAGAUGCCUGCCAUAGCCAGGAGCGCAUCUCAAUGGAAACGUCACUGGGGUCACUUGGGAAGAGGACUUUGGGGUAGAGGCUGGAGGAGCCCCUGGACAUCCCUGUCCUGAAAGCGGCUACCUCCAUCAUCCAUUCCCAAGAUGCCUGAUCAGAAGCCAACCUUGAAUGAACCCCUGGCUCCUUCACCUCCGCCCCCACGAUUGGUAUGAUGCUGCUGGCACAGCUGGGAUACACACGGCUCCCCCAGGCCUGAGCUGCUUCACUAGGGAAUCCUGUGGCAGGACUGCAGAGCAGAUGGCAGACGCACAUGUUGGAGGAGAGAGCCUUGGGAGCCACCGCCACUCCAGUCCUGCCACCACCCUGUCUUCCUCUGCAAGUGCUCAGGGAAAUGGCCUUCCCGCUGGAGGCCAACUAUCUGCCUGACAGGCUGUGACUCUUCUCUCAACCUUGGCCUUCUCCCCUCUUCUGAGCUAGUUGGUUGAAUUUUUUUUUAAUGCUUAAGAUUUGUUUUUCUCUUCUCACAGCAACAUUUUCUUGAAUUUUUUUCUGCACAGCUUUUCCAAAAUAAAAACCUUCCAAACAA